UUAUCUCCUUCCAACCUAUUUGAAUGAAAGUCAAAGUGAAUGCAUACAUAAUCACCUGCGCAAGGCCAUCUCGCCUCCUCACUCCCGUUUCACACACACAUAUACGGAGUAUAUAUCUAUAAAGCUUAUCGAUAUAGAUAUAUUAUACAUAUUAUACAUACAUUUUCAACCCCCAAAAACAAUAAUGGACAGCCACGCCACCGUUAGUAACAUCUCUGGCGGCGGCGCACCCGCCGUGAUCCAGAUCAAUCAAGCCCGGAGGCUCCCGGAUUUUCUUCAGAGCGUUAAUCUCAAGUACGUGAAAUUGGGUUACCAUUACCUAAUGUCACACCUUCUAACACUCUGUUUAGUCCCUCUCAUCGCCGUCACAGUCAUCCAGACGGACUACCAAGAUUUGCUCCGCAUUUACCGGCAUCUCCUCUGCAACCUCGCCGCCGUCACCGUCCUCUCCUCUUUCCUGGUAUUGGGAUUAACCUUUUACAUCAUGACCCGACCCAGACCCGUUUUUCUCGUGGAUUACUCCUGCUACCGCCCGCCGGAUCACCUCCGGGUGUCCUACGCAAAGUUCAUGAAUAAUUCCCGGCUGACCGGAGAUUUCGACGACCCGUCACUCGAUUUCCAGCGGAAGAUUCUGGAAAGAUCCGGUCUUGGGGAGGAAACUUGUCUCCCGGAGGCUGUGCAUAGCGUCCCGCCCGCCAUUAACAUGGACUCUGCUCGGGCUGAAGCAGAACAGGUCAUGUUUGGUUGUCUGGAUAACUUAUUCAAGAACACUAAGCUCAACCCCAAAGAAAUCGGUAUUCUAGUUGUGAAUUGUAGCCUGUUCAAUCCCACCCCGUCGCUUUCCGCCAUGAUUGUGAAAAAGUACAAGCUCAGAGGGAACGUCCGGAACUUCAAUCUGGGAGGAAUGGGGUGCAGCGCCGGAGUCAUCGCCGUCGAUCUUGCGAAAGACAUGUUACGGAUUCACCGGAACACGUACGCCGUCGUCUUCAGCACGGAAAACAUAACCCAGAAUUGGUACUUCGGGAACAAGAAAUCUAUGUUGAUCCCCAACUGUCUUUUCCGCGUCGGCGGGGCCGCCGUUUUGCUAUCCAACAAGGCGGCGGACAAGAAGAGAGCGAAGUAUGAGCUCCUCCAUGUAGUCCGGACGCAAAAGGGGGCGGAAGACACCGCAUUCCGGUGCGUUUACCAGGAACAGGACGCCGCCGGGAAAACAGGGGUGUCACUGUCAAAAGACCUGAUGAGAAUCGCCGGCGGAGCCCUGAAGACGAAUAUCACAACCCUGGGGCCGCUGGUGCUUCCGAUCAGCGAACAAGCUCUGUUCUUUGCAACCCUCAUCGCCAGAAAGGUUUUCAAGAACGGCAGAGUCAAGCCGUACAUCCCGGACUUCAAGCUGGCAUUUGAGCACGUGUGCAUUCACGCCGGCGGGAGGGCGGUGAUCAACGAGCUGGAGAAGAACCUGCAGCUUUCUCCGGUGCACGUGGAGGCAUCGAGGAUGACGCUGCACCGGUUCGGCAACACGUCGUCGAGCUCCGUCUGGUACGAGCUGGCAUACACGGAGGCCAAGGGGAGGAUCGGAAAGGGAAACCGGAUAUGGCAGAUCGCGUUUGGGAGUGGGUUCAAGUGCAACAGUGCUGUUUGGAAAGCUCUGAGGAAUGUGAAGCCUUCUCCAAACAGUCCAUGGGAAGAUUGUAUCCAUAAGUAUCCAGUACAAUUGAUGCCCAACUAGUUA